AUGUGCACAUCUGGGUUUGGACGACCAAUCUACGCACGAAUAGAUAGGAAUAGUGGUGUUGUUCACGAAUAUGAACGCCAUUACGCUCAAUUCCCCUUAGUGAUCCCGGAAAAUGAUCGUGAAACUGCCUCGGGUGUCGCCCUGCCUCUCGGGAGAUGUGCAAUUUAUUGCGGCAAAGGGAUAAAGGAUAAAGUGAACGGUGUUAACCAACCUCUAUUCGCCUAUGAGCUCGACUUUAGUUGA